GAAAAGAUUUUGAUAAAUAUAAUGGUGAAUUUCCACCAUCAAAUUUACCAUUAGCGGCACUUGGAGGUGCACUUCUUUGGACAGCAUGGUUUGGUUUUAAUGCUGGUAGUGCUUUACAAAGGAACUAG